ACUUCAAAGAACGUGCUCUCUACAACUACGUAGUGUGUGAGCUCCGAGCCAAGAGAGAAACCGUGUGACUUCAGAAAAUCACUGAGCUUGGAUCACAUUGGAACCUUACAUUAUUGUGUACUACUGUGACCAGUUUCAACAUAGCACAGGGCCUGGAUAUGGCUACGUCUAUACUCGGGGAAGAACCACGAUUCGGAACUACCCCUCUAGCAAUGCUGGCUGCAACCUGUAACAAAAUUGGUAAUACAAGCCCUCUUACCACGUUACCUGACACAAGUGCAUUUUCCAAAGGUGGAUUUCAUCCCUGGAAAAGAUCAUCCUCUAGUUGCAAUUUAGGAUCCAGUCUGCCUGGAUUCACUGUGGCAACGAGCCGCGGAUCGACCGGACUAACAUCAACUGGUGGCACCGGGAACAGCGCGUUUUGCUUAGCUUCCACCUCCCCGACCUCCUCGGCAUUUUCAACAGACUACAGCAGUCUGUUCUCCAACUCGGCGAGCGUUUCUUCUCAAGAGUCCGGCCAAUCAGCUUUCAUCUCCAAAGUUCACACAUCGGCAGAAAGCCUGUAUCCUCGGGUUGGCAUGGCACAUCCAUAUGAGUCGUGGUACAAGUCUGGGUUCCAUUCAACUAUCUCGGGUGAUGUGGCGAACGGGGCGUCCUCGUGGUGGGACGUCCACACCAACCCUGGCUCGUGGCUUGAGGUUCAGAAUCCCGCGAGCACGCUGCAGACUUCCCUGCACUCCGGGACCCCACAAGCCAUACAUUCCCAACUCAGUGGUUACAACACCGAUUUCUCCACCUUGACACACUCGGCAUUCAGCUCCACCGGUAUAAGCCCCACGGCGUCUCACCUACUUUCCACUAGCCAGCACCUGUUAACACAAGAAGGUUUCAAGACAGUCAUUCCAACUUACACGGACGCGUCUGCCGCCAACGCCAUGAUUUCAGGUGGCAGUUCAGGAAUAAGCGGCUCCUCAAGGUCAUCAAGGAGGUAUUCCGGCAGAGCAACGUGCGACUGUCCGAACUGUCAGGAGGCUGAACGCCUGGGACCGGCAGGGGCCAGUCUACGGAGGAAGGGACUUCACAGUUGCCACAUACCCGGCUGUGGUAAGGUGUAUGGAAAAACCAGUCAUCUCAAGGCUCAUUUGAGAUGGCAUACUGGCGAGCGGCCUUUUGUCUGCAAUUGGCUAUUCUGUGGCAAAAGAUUUACGAGAUCUGAUGAACUUCAGAGACACCUUCGCACACACACCGGUGAGAAAAGGUUUGCUUGUCCAGUAUGCAACAAGCGCUUUAUGAGGAGCGACCAUUUGAGCAAGCACAUUAAAACGCACACUGCCGGCGGAGGAAGCAAAAAGGGAAGCGACAGUGACACCGACACCAGUAACCUGGAGACGCCACGGUCUGAAUCCCCAGAACUCAUUUUAGACGGUGUCAAUCCCAGAAUCACGGCCAAGGACCCCUCUCCUCACGACGAGCCCUAAAUGGUUGUUUUUGGCAUUUUAAUGACCUCACUUCACGCCAACAUACCUAUCAAACCUGCACGUGAACGGGUCUGAAAGACAAUAUAGAGACAAAUAUGCCAACGCUUUGGCAUAUGAGGGAAUUAUUUUAAGUGAAGUAAACGAGAUUGGCUAUUUGUAAACAAAACCUGAUUCUGACAGGCAUUUGAACGGUAUGUUAAAUUCGUAAUUACUCCACAAAAUACAGAAACGUAUGAAAUGGCACAAUUUUCAGUAAAUCUGUCCACUUGAAAAUUAAAUGGAUGACUUUUUGCACGGAUCAGUGCGUGGGGGUGCGCUACCCAAAUGAACUUGGUUGAACCAUGUGAGUUGCUAUCGUGUACAAAUGAGGACAAACAAUGUGUUAAUUUUAUGUAAAUGUUAAUUAUGAUUGUUUUAUUCGUGUUUGGGAACCUGAAAAUCAGGGAGUUUACUUUCAACGCACUUUGUGGAUAUGUAUGUACACAGCUUUUUUAAAUUCAGUUAACCAUUUUAUUUCUUUGCUAAAAAAAUAUAUAAAUGUUUACCUGU